AUGGGGAAGCCCAGUUCAAUGGAUGCAAAAUAUAAGGAUGACUUAUUUUGGAAGUACAUGCAGUUUCAUGAAGGUAAAGUGGACACCACCCCCAGCAAGCAGCAGCCUGGCAGUGAUGAGUCCCUGCGGGUGGCAGCCUCGACCCUGCUCAGCCUGCACAAGGUGGAUCCCUUUUAUCGAUUCCGGCUGAUCCAGUUCUAUGAGGUGGUGGAGAGCUCUCUGCGCUCACUGAGCUCCUCCAGUCUGCGGGCUCUGCACUGUGCCUUCAGUGUGCUCGAAACAGUGGGUGUCAACCUUUUCCUCUACCCGUGGAAGAAGGAAUUCAGAAGCAUCAAGACCUACACGGGCCCCUUUGUUUAUUACGUCAAGUCCACAUUACUGGAAGAGGACAUCCGAGCCAUCCUGAAUUACAUGGGCUACGUGCUCAAGUUGGGGACUGCGUACAAGCUCAAGGAGCUGGUAGAGACCCUCCAAGUGAAGAGGGUCACCUUUGAACUCUUUCUGGCCAAGGUGGAGUGUGAACAGAUGCUGGAAAUCCACUCCCAAGUCAAGGACAAAGGCUACUCUGAGCUGGACGUGGUGAGCGAGCGCAAGAGCAGCGCGGAGGACGUGCGAGGCUGCUCAGAUGCCCGGCGGCGGGCCGAGGGCCGGGAGCACCUGACAACCUCCAUGGCCCGCUUAGUGCUCCAGAAGUUGGCCAGCGAACGGGCAGCCAAGGACUACUACAAGCCCCAGGUGACUAAGCCCUCAAGGUCGUUGGACACCUAUGACAAUUACUGGGAGAGCUGGAAGCCGCCCCUGAAGACCUCGUUGAGCUUGCGGAAGGAGCCUGUGGCAGCAGACUUGGGGGACGACCUCAAGGACAAGAUCAUCCGCCCGUUCCUCUCACUCCUGACCAUGUCCAGCUCCCCCCACGAGCCGGAUGACCUGCCAUCCCCCUCCCCCAACAAUGGCCUUGGCUUGCUAUGUGGCACGUACUUCUCUGCUCAGGAGGAUGUGGAUCUGUACACAGACUCGGAGCCCAGGGCCACGUACCGGAGGCAGGAUGCCCUGCGGCCAGAUGUCUGGCUGGUCAGAAACGACACCCACCCCAUCUACCACAAGCGCUUGCCCCCCGCCAAAGAGUCCGCCCUCUCCAAGUGCCAAAACUGCGGUAUGUCCUGCAGCUCCUCCCUCUGCCAGCGCUGCGACAGCCUGCUCACCUGCUCCCCGGCCUCCAAGCCCGGCGGCUUCCCCAGCAAGGCCUCCGCCCACGACAGCCUGGCCUAUGGGUCAUGUCUGCGGGAGAAGUAUGCAGGCCAGACGCAGGGCCUCGACCAGCCACUGCACCUCCACUCGAAAUCCAAGCCCUCCCCUGCAGCUGCCUCCCGCUGUGGCUUCUGUGACCGCCCGGGGGCCGCCAACAUCUGCACGCAGUGUUCAAAAGCCUUCUGCGACGCCUGCCUCAGCACCUACCAUUAUGACCCCUGCUGCAAAAAGAGCGAGCUGCACAAGUUCAUGCCCAACAACCAGCUGAACUACAAGUCUGCCCAGUUCUCCCAUCUCGUGUACAGAUAGACUCGACCUUGCACCUCCCUGCUACAAGGGCUACACCACUGACCUUUCUGGUUUCAUGGGGAAGAAACGUUAACACGUUGAUCUCAGAAGCACAGGCCUGCACUUGACCACGUGGUU